UCAUUAACAGACUAUUGGCUAAUAAUACAACAUGGUGCGGUCCCAAUCUGCGAUGACCGACAAGGAUGGUAACUUCUUGAAAAGUGUUUCUGCAUUGCGUCUAGUUGGAGAAGGUAUUGAACCGUUAGUUGAAGAAGGUUCGCAUCAGUAUACGGAAGAUAUAAUUUUUCAGGCAAGACAGGAAGCUGGACUUUGUGGAAAAGACGUUUGUGGACAUUGUACAACUCAUAAUGCUGUACCGUGCAAUUCUGGAAAUGGACUUUGUCAUUAUGGCAAAGACGGGAAUUGUCGAUUCCAUGAUGUAAGUGAUCCUCUGAAGGCAAGCAAACCUUGCCCGAAAGGUAUCUGCAACUGAUUGUCCGAUUAAUAAAAUCACGCCAUAGAUUUCAUUCACCUAAUUUCAAAAACACUGAUGCAAGAAGGUGGUUCCAAAACCCUUUCGAAAUUAUGAAAUGUUUUAUCCCGACUGAUGGAUAUCAAGAUAUCGAAACAGUUGAAGAGACAGAUUGCGCUGGACUGCUAUCAGUGAUUAUUAAUUGCAAAUCCUUCCAGUCCCUAGUAGCAGCAGACCUAGGAUCACCAGAUAACAUUUUUGUUAAGAUGAGAGAAAUCAGAAACAAGACGUUUCAUUCUGCAGGUUACAGCAUUACAGACAGAGACUUGCAGGAGUACAUGAAACUUAUGCUAUCUAUCUUAAAUGAUGCAAUGUUUCUAGCACAUGAUAAAGAUGCUCAGACUGCAGCUGGAAAGAUACAAGAGAUUGCUGACAGUUCUGUACACGUAUACUGUGGCGAAGAAGUGCAUGAUUCGGGUCUAAAUCCUGAAUCUGACGACAGCGAGGACAAUACCACCGAGAAAGAACAUUGUGAUACAUUUUUCUUAGAGGAAUAUGAUAUGUUGCCACAAGUCAUAAGUCAGAGAAGACCAGAGAGGGUAGCUCCAUCAAGUUAA